UUUUCAUUCGUUCUCCGUCUCUCUGUGGCGGCAGCUCAGGGAAGCAGCUGCAUGUGCGUUUGCAUCCCCAUUGCCACAGGUAAAGACAGCUGCAUCGCUGGAUUGUCUGCUACUCUGCGGCGGAUUGAUGAGCUCUUCCCACUGCGUUUACAGAUCUUUAUCCUAGAGUGGAGCACACAUUUUUAAUCAGCUCUGAAAAGGGAUCCCGAAGAAAUGGAAAUGCCGCGGAUCCCAGCAGCCUGACCAACAAAUCACAGGCUGUGAUUGGAAAGAGCUCAAGCUUCCAGAGACUGAAGAAAACACUUACACUUCGGUCCACAGACUCUAUGGAAUAUUUUUAUAUUUUGCCAAUGUUCACAUUUCUUUUUCAUCUCCAGCCUUGUUAUUCCCAUUGAUUCAACUGAUUCAUCGAUCUCCCUCUAUAUUUCAUACUUCUGUGGUGGAAUGUUUCCUGCAAAAACCAGAGAGGAGGCUUUUUGCUGCAGUAUUAACGAAGACUACACUGAUAAAGCGGAGAGCUGAGUGGACAGCUUGGGGAAAUCUGAUCCACAGCUGGCAAGGAAUGGGAUCACUCAUCACAGUUGCAGAUUUAUCCGCCCUGUGAUACUGCGUGACAACACCCCUCUCUUUUUCUCCUCAUCCUCUCCUCAUCUUAAGUCUCUCGGAGUGGAUCUGGGACAUAAGUGGAUUCUGCUGUUUAAUGUUUGGCAUUUUUACUUCAAUAAAUGUCACUGAGGAAACAGAAUGGAUUUGAAACUAAAAGGGUGAUAAAUUAGAGCCGAAACAAACUGAGGCUGAAGACUGAUAAUCAUGGGAGAGUGCAGAAUACAUGCAUAGGCAAAAAGUCUCUCCUGGGUCCCCAUUUCCAAAGGUGUCCCAUUUGCAAAGAAAUAGAUAUUUUUGGAAAGCUGACUUGGCUGAUAGUGUGGGAAUAAGCUGCAUUUAGGAAAAGAAACAUGGUGCUGAACUGGAUGGGGAAGCAAGAGGACCCACCCUGCAAGUUUCACACAUUGAUACCAUCCCAUUGUGGACUGUGAAAGGAGGAGGGGGGGUUGUAACGAAGAGACAGUAAAUCUAGAUUUUUUUUGCUGCAGUGUUGUCUAAACAUGGAUCCUAUGGAUUAAGCUCAUGUACAGUUUUGAAGGCGUUUCUUCUUGUGUAUCAUUCUGUUUGUAUCGCCUUUUUCUCCUGCAAGAGGUAUCUCUCUUUCCAUCUCUCCUUUUGCUGUGAACAUUCUCAGAGUCGCCUUGUGGACUGACUGAGCAAAGCAGGACUAAACAGGGACUAAUCAACAGAUAAUCCUUCCUCAUUAGCUUCCCUAUAUCUCCAUGGGUGUGUGAAUGUUUGUGCUUUUGCAUUUCUAACCGUUUGUCUGCAUGGAUCCCCCACACCCCUGCCCCUCUGUACCUUUAAAUCCAUAUUUGUGAACUUGGUCUUAGGAGUCAUAGUGCUUUGGUUGCUCUAUACAUUUCCCUUUCUUUGUCUUUACAUGUUUGGCAUUGUCUGGAAACCAGGCGUUGUCAUAAAGGUAACCCCUGAAGAGGAUGAGUGAGUGCUCUGGGGCAGUUGUGUCUGGAGGAGUAAUCAUGGAAGAGCCUGAGGGUUCUGGGCCCUCUGGGGCCCGUGGGGAGGGCCAGGCUCAAGAUAGAGGCCCAUUUCGCUGUGCUUUUUGGCCUCGUCAGCAAACAUGGCUGUGUGUGGUCCCUUUACUUAUUGGCUUCAUUGGUCUGGGAUUAAGCCUGAUGCUACUCAAAUGGAUUGUUGUGGGCACAGUGCGGGAUUACGUGCCAACAGACUUGGUGGAUGCCAAUAGAAUAGGUCAAGAUCCGAUAUUUCUCUCAAAGCCAAGUGGGAUUCCCAAAAAUCCUGAAACUACAACAACUACAACUACCCCCACAGUAGAAAGUAGGAGUCACACACCUAGAACUGUAACACUGGCAAAAGGCAGGACUGGCAUUACUGUUACCACCACUACUGUAAAUCCGAGGGAGGGCGGAGCCUCCGGUAGUCUGGUGACCCCUCGGAAUCCUGGAAACCGUAACGGACGCGGACCAUCAGGUUUUACUACAACUGUCGUAGCAACUUGGACAACCUACCUAAUUGGAGGAGGAAGUCCUAGCUUAUCGCCGCCCAACCCAACAGUUCUCCAUGACUCUACACAAAUUUGGACAGCGGAACGUACCACUACGGAGGCAGUCUCCACCACUAUCACAACACGUUCGUAUGGACACCGCAAAACACCUUCUCCAACCGUCCCUCCCCUCCACUCGGAGCAUUUCAAACCUUGCCAUGACAAGGACUUGGCCUACUGCCUAAAUGGAGGGGAAUGCUUUGUCAUCGAGACUCUCAGUGGCCCUCACAAGCACUGCAAGUGUCGAGAGGGGUAUCAGGGAAUCCGCUGUGACCAAUUUCUGCCCAAGACAGAUUCCAUACUGUCAGAUCCAAAUCAUUUGGGGAUUGAGUUUAUGGAAAGCAAAGCUGUGUACAGGAGACAGGUGCUGCUGAUCACAUCCAUCGCCAUGGCAAUCAGCCUGCUGGGAGUACUGUGCAUGGCUCUGUACUGCAGCAACAAUGCAUCAUUCCAUCAUUUUAGGAGACGUAGGGAGAAACUCCAGGCCCACCUGAAGGAGAGUCACAACUUAAAACGCUACACUACGAAUUCCCACACUGCACAAGACUCCAAGAUGAGGGCCCCCAACACAAAUCUGCAAAUGCACGAGUACUGUCCGUCCUCCACCUCUCGGCCAGGAAACAUUUGUAAUUCCGGCUUUGUCCACUGCAAUGUUGCUACUGCACCAUGCAGCAGUUCCAAAGGUCCAUUGAGACAAAACAGAAGUGGCCCUUUGCUGCAUAACCCCGAUCAGAGAAAAAGGCCGGCCCAUUGGUCGGCUGCUUGCAGGACUCCUCUCAGAGCGAAGUCGAUCCCAACUGGAGAAUCCAAGUAUUCAGGCCCCACCUACCAGCACCUUCAGGAGGCAGAUCUUACUGAAAAAGAAGCAGAGGUACAGAAAAGAGACCAAAUUGAAGGAGAAAGUCAAAUAAGGCGGGGAUCACUGGCACAAACGCACACUCCUCUUUCCACUAAGAUUCUUUCGUCUUUGCCUUGGUGCGGCCGUGCAGGGCUUCCCUCGGAUCUGCGACCUCACCCGGAGCACCCUGACCCCACUCCUCCAUCUGACGGUCGGAGGAGUACCGGCCUCUCCCAGAACCACUCCACCUCUCUCCCCCUUUGCUCCUGCUCCAUUCCUGUCAUCACCUCAGUCCAGUGUCACCACCAAAACGAAGUGUCUUGUAUGCAAACGGGCGUUGCCCUGGAAACCAACUCCACAUCCUGCAAGGAAGCUAAGAAAAAGAAGGCAGUUCAAGCCAGGCUGGUUUCCUCUUCCUGCUCGUUGUCUGAAGGCCACAGGCAGGAUGAGGUGGCCCUGCUCCUGGAGGAGGCGCAGGAGCAACUCAGGGCUUUGGCACUCGCUCACAGGAAGCACAAGGAGGGCGGGAUCAACAGCAGCGAGUCCACCAUACAGGUGGAAGCAAGAGAGACAGUUUGCUUUCUGAACCUUAACGCGGGAAGGCCAAGCGGGCCCGUCUGUAACGGACCCACUCAGAUCCAGUUACUCAGUCCCAGUCUACCAUACAGAGACUUGGGCCAGCUGGGCCAAUAAAAGAACUGAUCUAGAACUUUUGGUUUUGGUCCAACACUGUUUGAAGAACCCAGAUGUUCUGUUUCUGUGGGGUGUGGUUAAAACUGCAGAAAAUCGCUAAAAAAAAAAAAAAGACAUAUGCACACUGAAUGAAGACAA